AAUCCGGCAGAAGAACUGCAAAGGAAGAUAUCAAUGACGUAUACGGCCUUCGUACUUCUGUAUGGGAUAUACCUGAACGGAGUAGAUAUUUACCACUCAUGGGGCGAUGCAACUGUAAGUGACCACGUCAGUGAGCUUGAUUGAGUCAUUAGGAAGAAUGUGUUAAUUUGACACUGUACCAAAUGAUAACUUUUUAAAUAGCGAAUGUAUUGAGUUUCCAGCACUGUACGUUUCUGAUACUCAACACGACGUGUAUCAGUAUGACAACAAUUAAGAUGAUCAUCCUAAACUCUAAUAGAGCUGGUUUCGCAGACGCCCUUCGCUACGCGCAACGACACUUUUGGAAUGGAAACUAUGAUUCCGAGGAACGACUUAUCUUUUCCACAUCUGUGAAAUACUGUACACGGUAUGUGAUAUUCGUAGUCGGUUCUCUUCAACUUGGUUUAUCCGGAUACGUGAUCACACCUCUUAUUGAAAACCUUGGACGAAAUAAAUCGGACAGGGUACUUCCAUUCAAGAUGUGGGUCGACUGGCCUUUAUCUGAGACACCGUAUUACGAACUAAUGUUUACUUUCCAGGUGAUUACCGUAUUCAUAAUUGGCGCCGCGUACGUUUGCCCCGAAAUGUUUUUAUGCCUGUUUAAUCUGCACGUGAUGGGUCAGUUUCGUAUACUACAACACAGAAUGUUAAAUUUCUGGAACGUCGAAAGCAAAGAGAUGAACACAGUCAUGUACACCGAUCAUUGUUAUGCAGCUCUCAAGAAGUGUAUACAACAUCAUCAGUUGCUUAUUGAGUUCUGCGUGAAGCUUGAACAAGUAUACACCAUGACCAUCUUUACGCACAUGACAGUUUUAAGUUUGUUGUUGUGUUUCGAUUCCUACGAGAUGCUCGUGGUACGUAUCUAUAGAUCUAUACAUAUAGGUAAAUAAAAUUGAAGCGUCUGUCUGUGAUUUAGAAAUAAUGAUUUUUUUAGCUCAUUAAUGGUUUUUUGCACCUUGCUAGAACCCAAACACGCUUUUACUAAAUUUUUGUCUGUCUGUCUAUCUGUGUGUUUAAACGGGCUAAUCUCCGAAACGACUGAACCGAUUUUGACGAGAUUUUCAUUGGCAGAUUCAAAAUGUAUAGAGUAAUAAUUUAGACUUCUUUUUAUUCUGGAAAUAUUCAGAGUUCUCGCGUAAACUUAAAAAAACUGUGAAAAUCAGACUUUAAUGAGGCAACUUUUUUAUAAGUCCGUUUAUGCAGUUCACGCAUUUACAUAUAUAUAUAUUAUACUGAUUUUAAUUGUGAAAAUCGAAGAGAGAGCCGAUCAAUCACAGAAUUAAACAAAUUUAUGUUUAUUUAUUACGCAUACAAUGCGAACGAAGUCACGGGUAAUCGCUAGUUUAUAAACAUAUGUGCUUCAGCACGUUUGCUGACAUUUUAGGUUCCUAGGGGUUCAAACAAAUAUGUAGUUAAUACGUUGACUGUCACAGUGAGAAGUACCGUUUGUGGUAAGAUACACUGUAACGUAAGUUGUUGAGAACAUGCAGUUGGGUGAAACGUAAUGUGGGGGCAGAGCUUUUUAUCACUACUGAUCUUCGAUAAUGAACGAGACAUGUCUUGCGUGAUAAUCAAAAUCAAAACCGGUCGUACCACCCGUGCUACAUGUUUUAAUUUAUUACUUUAUUGUCCUUAGUGCAAUAUUACGUCGAAUGAUUGCAAUUAUUUAGAAUAAAAUCGUUGUAAUCAAGCUUUUUUUUAAUAUAUAGAAAUGAUAAUUAAAGUUGUUUUGUUUUAAAGUAGUAAGCUUUAAGGAACGCUUCAUAAAGGACGUCCGUGCUUACAGGGAAAUGGUGUGGUAUUAAAGUAGUGAAAAUCUACGGACGUUGUUUAUGGAUUGCUUUUAAGCUUAACAGAAACUUCUUAUUGUUAUUGGUAGUCAAAUAUACUGUUGAAUGUGUACAUACACAGGCAAA